CACGAGGAGGCGGAGGCGGCGGAGAAGUGAUGCUGGCACCGGGGAUCCGGGCAGCGGCAGCGGAGCAGCAGCAUCUCCGGGACCUCGGCUGCAGCGUCCCUGUGGCCCGCGGGCCAGCCAAGCGGCGGGAGACCUCGCGCCCCUCGGAGCUGGUAGAGACGCUUCAAGAACUGCUCAGUCCCGGAGUGGAGGGAUUAUGUGAAGACCCCAGUGCUUUACCCUGAGACCAAGUGCAGAGGUUUUCAUUAUAGGGAUCCUGCAGCUUGCUAAUAAGCAGCAGCUUCUCCUGGCACAAGCCACUGUCCUCAUCAGACAAGCUGAGACCAUGCUUUGUGCCCUGCACCUAUAGUAAGAGAAAAAGUACACGGCAAGCUUUGGCCCAACAGAGUUAAGAGGAAGACUUGGGAGGGAUGGAACCUUCCAACAAGUUUGGAAGAAAGUAGAGGGAAUGCACAGAUGCCAGACUCCCACGAAGACCCAUGGACAAUCCCGCACUCACGCUUCUCUAUCGAACUUUAAGAUUUAUUAGUAAUAUGCUGCCUUUGCAAGAUGAAAAGAAACUAAUGCCAAGAAGGCAUAUUCUUCAAUAUUUGGAAUAGACGUGCUCUCAAGACAAUGGCUUCAAAGGUGUCCUGUCUAUAUGUUUUGACAGUCGUGUGCUGGGCCAGUGCCCUCUGGUAUCUGAGUAUAACUCGUCCCACUUCUUCCUACACUGGCUCCAAGCCAUUCAGCCACCUAACAGUCGCCAGGAAAAACUUCACCUUUGGCAACAUAAGAACUCGACCUAUAAACCCACAUUCUUUUGAAUUUCUUAUAAAUGAACCCACCAAAUGUGAAAAGAACAUUCCUUUCCUUGUUAUCCUCAUCAGCACCACCCACAAAGAAUUCGAUGCCCGCCAGGCAAUCCGAGAGACGUGGGGGGAUGAGAACAACUUCAAAGGGAUCAAGAUAGCCACUCUCUUCCUCCUGGGCAAGAAUGCUGAUCCUGUUCUGAAUCAGAUGGUGGAGCAAGAGAGCCAAAUCUUCCACGACAUUAUUGUGGAGGACUUCAUUGACUCCUACCAUAACCUUACCCUUAAGACAUUAAUGGGAAUGAGAUGGGUGGCCACUUUUUGUUCAAAAGCCAAGUAUGUCAUGAAAACAGACAGUGACAUUUUUGUAAACAUGGACAACCUUAUUUAUAAACUACUAAAACCCUCCACCAAGCCAAGGAGAAGGUAUUUUACUGGCUAUGUCAUCAAUGGAGGACCAAUCCGGGAUGUCCGCAGUAAGUGGUAUAUGCCCAGGGAUUUGUACCCUGACAGUAACUACCCACCGUUCUGUUCGGGGACUGGCUAUAUCUUUUCAGCUGAUGUGGCUGAACUCAUUUAUAAGACUUCACUCCACACAAGGCUGCUUCACCUUGAAGAUGUAUAUGUGGGACUGUGUCUUCGAAAACUGGGCAUACAUCCUUUCCAGAACAGUGGCUUCAAUCACUGGAAAAUGGCCUAUAGUUUAUGUAGGUAUCGCCGAGUUAUCACCGUGCAUCAGAUCUCUCCGGAAGAAAUGCACAGAAUCUGGAAUGACAUGUCAAGCAAGAAACAUCUCAGAUGUUAGGAUUUUUACCAAUAACAAACAUUACCUGGUGCCUCCAAGGAGAUUUUGCCAAAUGUAAUCUCACCUGCCUGCCUCCAUACAGUGUUGCUAAGUGCAUUUUACAAUUUCUGACAGAGGCAGUCACAUGUGUAGUAAUAAGUUGGAAGGAGGGCAGAAAAACGAUAAAUUACAUGGAGAAAAUACAAAUUUAUGUCUGCAUUAAAAUUAACAUAAGCAAACUUAGCAAUAGUAUGAGAUGCCACGCCCACACAUUUGCAAAGCAUGUGAGAGAAUCUUUCAAUGGGUACCAAUGUUAUUGGAUGAUUUAGCUCUGUAGGUGAUAGAUGUAAUACUCUAACAUCUGAAACAUCCAAGCACCUCCAGCAGCAAUGCUGUUGGGAGGCAUUCUGGGAGCUCCAAGCUCUGUGAUUGAGGUUCACGGGAAGGAAGGAUGGAGAAGCUUGGAAUCAGUUCCUGUUGAUACCAUCAUCUUUGCUGGGUCAUGUGAGCAGGCGUCUUAACCUUGCUGUGCUUCAGUAUGCUCAUGUAUAAAAUGGAUGGAAAAAACACCUACCUCACAGGUGCUGUGAGAGCAAAUUGCAUUUCCUAAGAAUCUUGAGAUCCUUAGUUUACAAGGUGCUAAUGCAAUGUGUCAUGUGUUAUGCCCAAUGCUAAAAUAAUUCAUUACAGUGAUGGUCAUUGUAAUCAGUAGUAGUAACAUCAGCUUAAAUGUAAAAUCUGCCAAAAGAAAGAUUGAAUAUGAACUGUUCGUGCAUCUGGUUCUUCUAAGAUUUUUUGACUUUUCCCUGGAUAUCUUAGGUGUUUGGAGAAGCUUCAAUUUCUCUACCAUUUCUUCUGGUUUCAAUGAACAAGUUUUUACUUCAGUGCAUUGCCUUGAUUUCCCAGGGUGCUGCAAGUGAAGGCAGCUGUGUUUCUUCAGGGAGGAGCCUCUGGCUGGAAGUGUAUUACAAUAAAUGAAUCACAUGCUUUGCAAAAUGUAUUACAUCCCAUCAACUUGGAUCUCAGGAAACAGUGAUCUGAAUUCUCAAUAAGAACUUUGAAGAGUGACCGGUAAAGCUAGCCCCCCUCUAUCAGAAGAACAGGCACUCAGCAAACCCCCACAUUGCACAUCAUCUAUUCAUUAGAAAACUUCUUUUUGUUUGUUUUCAUUCAAAGAAAGCCCUGCAACUGAAAGAAUAUAACUUUUCUUUUAACCUGACCUUUGGAAGCCCCCCCUAGAAGUUGAUAGCAAACAAGUAAACACAAUGAACAAAUGGAAGUCAUGGCCUAUUUCUUGAAAACACUGGAUCUUUUAUCCCCAGCCCCAAAGAAUGCAAUAUGAGACAGGCCUUCCUGUCCUUCAAUACAUCUUCAUCAAACAGCUGGACUGCCAAGUUUGAUUGGAAAACAGCAUUAGGUAGCCUGGGGAGAGAUGGAUCAGCACAAGGUGAGCCCUCUCUAACCCCCACCCCUCAACUGCUGUGAGUUCCAGUCAUUGGAAAAGUCUCAUGACUUUGUGCUUGGUUUGCGUUUCAGUCACAUAGCUGAAUCAAGCCUCUGUCUUAUACUACCAUUUUGCAUUUACCUUAUGCUCAGUCAAGCCACCUUCGCGUCAAGGAAUUGCACAUUACGAACAUCGUAUAUGUACAUCUAUGAAUUGUUUUCUCUGUGUGUGUGUCUGUGUGUGUGUGUGUGUGUGUGUGUGUGUGUAUCCACUAUAAAUAGAGCCCUAAUCUUUAAAAGGAGCAAAAAUCAGAGAAUCAUGUCUUAAAGAACUAUUUCCUAACUUUUUUAUGCUAGGUAGUGCCCAUGUGACAAACAUGUAAAUAUUCAUCAAAGACCAUAUGUAUAUAUUUUAAAGGCAUUUUUCCCUUCUCCCCUGUAUGUAUAGCUAGAAUCUGCUUGUUAUGUACAUUUUCUUCUGCAUGGAGCUCGGUGAGGCAAAGCCAUUUGUCCAGUGUUUCAAUAGCUGAAAGCAUGAUUGCCCUUCAUUUUUUGAAUGUUCAAAAAACAAAAAAAGUUUAAGUCAAGUGAUCAUGAAAAAGCUCUAAUUUUCUACUUUUCUUAAUUUUAUGGUGCCGGCCAAAUUAUGGUUUCAAUUAUUUAAGCCAUUUUUUAAUGUAUUAUCAUUUCUCUUAGAUAAAAUAACGUUUCAAUGUUGUACCAGGAGUCGUUCAGAGAAUUUUUAUAAAAACCUUCUGACUGUCCCCCUACCUGUUGUGUUCAUUAUGCAUUGGAUAACAAAAGGUAUCAAUAAUUAAUGUCUGUAUUCUUAAAUUUUCCUUUUUAAGUUUGUUUUUGGAAAAAAAAGUUUUAUCUUUGCUGGUUAGUUUGCGUGGCUUUGGGUCUUCUUCUACUGAACCAAAUGCCAGUUUCAAUAUAUAAUAUUGUAUUUUUAAAUAACGGGAAUCAAAAAAAUGAACAUCGUUUUCGAUUUGGAUUAAAAUCAGAAGAACAAAACCCCUUUGUGCGAUGAUAUGGGGGAAACAAACUCUUUACAGAGAAGCUGAGGAAGGAGUUUUUCAGUCAAACCUCUUCUAUCAAAAGACAAUGGAACAUUUACAUAAAGCUUCUGGGAUUCAUUUUCUACCUUUCCUAAUAUGUGGGUUUAGUGGGGGAAUUGAUUCUGUCAUUUCUUCUGUAAAGGUGAGGAUAGUUUUUAUAAGCAACAAAGUAACUUGUGAAUGAAAGAAGUAAUUUACUAGAAACGCUUGUUGAUAAUAAUUGACAUUUAGGUAUAUCGUUAUAUAUGAAUGAUUGUUUAUUUAUGUAUUUAUUUGUCAAAAUUGUACAUACUAUUUCGCCAAACGUACUUGUCUGUAAAAGUGCACUCUCCAGGUUUGUAGUACUAUUUAGGGUUACAUGGGUUGCCAAUCAAGCUGCUAAUCAGAAUACUAUUUUUUGUAUCAAUGUUAUAACACUGAAAAAUAGAUGUCUUUACAUUCAGUUUCUUCACCUUCCUCUUGAAAUGUAAACUGUGGAUUGAAAGCACGAUGCCAAUGUAUAAGCCCAUCUGUCAUGAGGAAGAUUAUGGUUCCGUAAAGCUGAUUUUUUUAAACCAUUGGGACAAAUAAACAGAAGGAGAACAUA